GUUCGGAAUCUUCAACUGCUACCGUUAGCCGGCGUUUUCAGUUCUAUUGGAUUAUCAGGUACUUGUUUUCCGUGGGUAAAGUGUCAGGAGAACUACAUCUGGCUGGUCAGACAUCUAUUCCUGCCGGGGUUGUCAAACUCUCUUAUAGGACUGCUAUCAACUUUUAUGAACAUCCUGACCACACAAGGCGGGCAUGUCUCUGUG